CCAUGGAAAUAAAGAAGUGUUCUCCUGCCGAGGUAUCCUUCUGGCUGUCCAGUGGUUUUGGGACAGGGGACACAAGGAUAUCACAGUCUUUGUGCCGUCUUGGAGGAAAGAGCAGCCACGACCAGAUGUACUCAUAACAGAUCAGUACAUUCUCCGUGACCUUGAAAAGAAGAAGAUCCUGGUCUUCACUCCCUCCAGGCGGGUGGGAGGCAAGCGGGUCGUCUGCUACGACGACAGGUUCAUUGUGAAGCUGGCCCACGAGUCGGACGGCGUCGUGGUCUCCAACGAUACCUACCGGGACCUGCAGAGCGAGCGCCCCGACUGGAAGAAGUUCAUCGAGGAGCGUCUGCUGAUGUACUCCUUUGUCAAUGACAAGUUUAUGCCUCCAGAUGAUCCCUUAGGACGACAUGGCCCCAGUCUGGAUAACUUUCUCAGAAAGAAACCUGUGGUGCCAGAACACAAGAAACAACAGUGCCCUUAUGGGAAGAAAUGCACUUAUGGAAUUAAGUGUAAAUUCUACCACCCUGAAAGGAUCAAUCAGCCCCAGCGCUCGUUAGCUGAUGAACUCCGAGCCAAUGCAAGGUUGUCUCCUACCAGAAGUACCAGUGCCAAGGAGGAGAAAAAGGGCAAAAGAGGUUCCCAGGCAGAGCUCUUGUGCUCUGUGCCUACAGAGGGUGAUAAAAGCUCUUUGCAGAAGGUCUCUGUGGAGAGGAAAAGCUUGACCCACAAAGCAAAGCCCAGCGACGUUCUGCUUCAGGUCAAAGGCUGCGUGCCAGGCAGUGCCCCUCCCAGCAGCGGGAGCCACAGGUCCUCUGACAGGUACCAGCAGCCUCAAAUGGACUCUCUGUCCUACAUCUCUCAGGAGCACCUUGACUCAGGCAUCGGGUCUCUGGAGAACCAACUGUCUGACAUGUGGCCUUACAGCCCUGCCAGUCACUGCGAGCAUUCCCAUGCCGAUCCGUAUAGCCCCGAGAUACCUCCCUCGGGGCCGCCUCCCUCUUUCUCAGGCUACGGGGUGCCGGUGCCCGCGGGGCAGUACAGCCUGCCCGGCGAGUUCGAGGCCCCCGCGCCGCACUCCCGCGAGUACUGGUCCGAGCCCUUCCCGCUGCAGCCCCCUCGGGCCGUGCAGAGAGCCCCGGGCCCCGCCUACGGGGACUCCUGCCCCUGGGUCCUGCCCGAGCAGUUCGCCGAGGAGCGGGCCAGCGUGCACGUCAAGCUCUGUGGCAUCUUCCACCCCCACCUGGUGGACGCCGUGAUGAGCCGCUUCCCCCGGCUGCUGGCCCCCCAGCGGCCU